CAGCCAAAGACACAACCAGUUGAGUUGACACGUAAAAUCCAGCGAAUUAGGGUUUAUCGUCCUUGAAAAAAUUGGGCAUUUCAACAAAACUCUUCCUUUUCUGUCUGUCAAAUUCCUUUAAUUCCGACAAUGAAGAACACUAAACCAAACACCGAAUCCAUCAACAUGAACAACAACAACUACAACAAUAAGAAUAAGAUGAAGAAAAACAUGCAGAGAUUGGGCGGCACAGGCCUUUCUCUUGAAGCCUUUGCCAAUGCCAAAUCCAGACAAAACUCCUACAAUCCUGCUUUGCUAAAGAAAAAGAGAGAAUUUUACAGGAAUGCUAAACAUGUAAACAAAUACAAAAAACUGCUGAAGCAACAAAAUCAACCAAAUGAUCAAUCCAUAUCUGUCGAACCUGAUGAGGUGAAUGAAUCUAGGGUUACCGGUGAGACAAGUAAGGAAGACAAGAAAAGCAGAAAAGGAUCAUACAGUUUGCAAGACUUGUAUGUGAAGAAACACGAAGAACAAGAGAAAGCAAGGAUGGAAAGAGAUUCCUUUUUCAAAGCAAGGAAGGAAGAAAAGGAUAAGGCUGAAUCCCGCAGAAAAGAUUUACGGGAAAAGAUGUUUAAAAGAACACGGAAAGGUCAGCCAGUCAUGAAAUAUAGAAUUGAGCAAAUUUUGGAGACAUUACAGGGUUCUACUUCUACUUCUACAUCGUAGUUGUCUGCUUCUUUCUGGGUCGAACUUCUAACUGCAAGAAUCUGAAUGACGAUCAGCUCUUCGCUUAUUUGAUGAUAAAAAUUAAGUCAUUUUAAGUUGAAUCCGUCUGUAACAGUUGAGGUGUGAAUCAUUUGAUGCUCUGGUUGUAGUUAGAUCCUGUAAAAUUUUGCUCUAUAAUGCAUAGCAGAAUACACAAUUUUGGACCAAAUCUCAACUUUAGAUGCUUGUUUCCAAAUGUAAGAGAAAAAAAAGUUUUGUUUAU